GCAAAAAGUAGUGUCAAGAGUCAAGUCAUUUUAUAAAUUAGAAAUAUCAGCUCAAAAAAGUCGUAAUUUGAUACGUGAAACGGGGUUGGAAUUUGAUCUAAAGUUUAAAUAGUAAAAUUCAUGUAAAAAACGUGGUGGCGUGACAUUUGACUUUUUAGUUAAUUAUAAUAUGUAAAUUGUAGGUGCUCACCUGACUAGACUCAUAAUAAAUCAAAGUUUUGAAUUUGAAUAACACUUUUUGCCGAGUAGAUUACCAAAAAAAUGAGUGCCGACAAGAAAGACGUUCCCAAAACAGAAAAGGUGGAUGAAGAGCUAUCGGAUUUAUUAGACAGUGCUUUGGAGGACUUUAAGAAGAGCGAUGAAACCAAAAAAGACGAAACCAAAGCAGAGAGCACGUCAAAAGAAGUAGGUACGUCCAGCAACGGUCAGUUAGAAGCCGAGGAAUGGUCAGCUGACUUAAUUCAGAGGACCGCUGCCCAGUUCGAAGAAAACUUCGCAACGCUACUCGCUGGCAGCGAUGCAAAUGCUCAACUGAACCCAGAGUUCGUUCAGCAAAAGCUGCAACAAAUGGCAGAUGCCGCCCAACAAGUUCUCGAAAAUCCGUCCCAAGUGUCGGACGCUUCGUCAGACUUCGCUUCUUCUAUUUCUCAAGCAAUACAAGGCCUUAACGCCGGAGCGGAAGGUCUACAAGCCCCCAUGAACGAAGAAGACUUGAUGAAAAUCUUCGGACCCGGCGGUAAUUUCGGUUCAGAAAACGAACUGCUGCCGUUUAUGCAAGGUAUGAUGCAAGGGUUGUUAUCGAAAGAGGUCCUAGGACCUAGUUUGCAAGAUUUCGUCGAAAAAUUACCGGAUUAUAUCCAGAAAAACAGGGCCACAUUGGCGAAGGAGGACAUAGAACGGUACGAGAACCAAAAGAAGCUCAUGGAGGAGGUGUUGGAGGAAUUGAAUAAGGAGAAGAACACUGACACUGCCGAGGUGAAGAAAGAGAGGUUUUCCAAGGUUCUAGCGCUAAUGCAAAAGCUCCAGGAUUACGGACAGCCGCCAAGCGAGUUGGUCGGGGAUGUGGAUGCUCCGUUUAAUUUCGAUCCACAAGGAAACCCUGUAGGGCUUCCGACCAAUCCCGAGGCCAACCCUGACUGUAGCAUUAUGUAAAAAAGUGACAAUUUAGUGAUUUGGCAAGGCUCAAAUUUUAAAUAUGUAAGGCAUAUAUAUAUUUCCCUACUUAUCGGAAACUACACGAGCAUUGGUUAUACGAGAAGGACGAAAGGAAGGAAUUUCUAUAUCCAUUGCAUUCGAUGCAUUUUUUUUGUUUCGGUUUCUCUAAAGUUGUGUUGUUUAUUUGUUAUUUUGUUAUGGUACUCAUAUAUUUAUUCUUAUUCCUCCAGAUUGUUGUAGACUUGUAAAUUUGUUUUAAUAAUAAAGCCAUAUUGGCGCAGUUCAUGAAUAUUGCA